AUGCCGACGAGAAGCUCGCGGCCCGAGGCCGGGCAAACGAAUCGACCAGAACCAGGAACCAACAAGCUAGACGACUGCUUGUCAUGCGCGACAAAACGGCAGCAGUGUAUUUGGUCCAACCUGAAUGACAAUUGGAACACGACUGCAUCGACCACAGCACGCCCUCUCCUAUCCAAAAUAUCUCGCCGCACGACCUGGACUUCGGACGGCGAAGCUUCGCAGGUUCACGCGAGCAGCUCAAGGCCCAGCCUGUUUGAUGGAAUAGACACGACGCCUCGACGAAACAAGAAAGUCGCUUCGAUCGCCAUUGGCGCUUGUGCAGGCAUGGCAGCCCGGGCAGGUGCCUGUCCGGCGGCUGCUGGACGGAUGGGCCGGCAGUUGAAGACGACGUUGCUGAAGAGCGCUAUGCCGGGUAGGACGACGUUGGAGCUUGCAGGUGUUUGGCCACAACGGACAGCCAGGCACGUGGUGAGUGUGCCGCAACGAGGCAUGGCGAUGUCUGCAGCGAGGAGCAGCGUUGGGUCGCGCGCGGUAUUUUGUCCCAGAUGCGACCAUCCCGCGGGCCGGUGGUACUCGUCCUCCUCCGACAAGCCGCCCAAAGACGACACCCUACCCUCCAUCAUACAUGCUCCCCCACCACCCGAAUCACCUUUGCCCGCCUCGUCGCAGCCACCGCCGCUGCCCAACACAGAUGCGCCCUCGGCCCCGAAGUCGGACGAGCCACAACCACACGCAGAAACAGCCGAGACGGACAAGGUCAAGAUGGAGGGCGCGUCUGCGACGGCCAAGCAGCCACCAGCGGCAGCCAACAGCAAGAGUGAAACCGCUGCCGACGACUCGUCCUCGUCCUCGUCGCUCCCCUCGUUUGUCGAGUCUCGCCGGUCUGCCCUCAAUGCCCGCUUCAGCCGCUUCAUGGACGACCUGCAAGCGCGCUUCGUGUCGGCCUCCCAGACGCUGAGCGACCUCACCGGCUAUACCGCCAUCGAGCACAUCAAGGCCAACAACGCCCGGCUCGAGACCGACCUGGCCACUGCCCAGGCCGACCUGCGCGUCGCCCGCCGUGCGUACCAGGCCGUCAACGAGCGCCGCGCCGCCACCCAGCGCGAAGUCACGACCCUCCUGGCGCGCAAGGACAGCUGGGCGCCGCCGGACCUCGAACGGUUUACCGUGCUGUACCGCCAGGACCACGAGCUGGAGACGAGCGCGCAGCGCGCCGUGGAGCAGCUCAAGGAGGCAGAAGCCGACGAGUCGCGGUUGAGCGCCGCGCUGACCUCGGGCAUCCUGAAGCGGUACCACGAGGAGCAGGUCUGGAGCGACCGGAUCCGGCGCCAGAGCACCUGGGGCACCUGGGGCCUGAUGGGCCUCAACGUGAUCCUGUUCAUCAUCCUGCAAGUCGUUGCGGAGCCGUGGCGGCGCAGGCGCCUGAUGCGCGGCAUUGCCGAGGCGGAGUCGGGCGUCCUGGAGGAUGUGCGCAAGGAGCUGGCGGACGUGCGCGCGGCGCUGGCAACCGUCUCGGGCGCUGCUGUAUCGACGACAGGACCGGCCGACAUCCCACUUGCCGGCGAUGCCGACGCAGCAGCAGUAGACCUCUCCUUGGCAGAGCAGCCUACCCUCACAUCCACCGCCGACGCGCUCCCCUCGCCACCGCUCCGGCUGCAGCUGUUCACCUUGUCUUGGCCAACAUCGUGGCAUGAUGUCGUGGCCUUUGGACCCGAUCCUGUCCGGUGGAAGGCAUGGGCACAGGAUAUUGCCAGCGAACGCACGGUCAACGUGCGGAUGCGAGAUGUGUCCAUCGUAGCACUGCAGAGUGCCAUCGCGGGAGCUGUUUUUGUCGGCGGUCUGGUGCUUGCUUUCCGGUAG